CGGGAGGAUGUCGGGAUAAAAAGUAAGCCGCGCUGGGUAGAAAAGUUUCGGGAAGAGCAGGAGGGAGGGGACUGAGGAGUGAAAGAGUGGUUAACAGACAGCGAGCAUGACUGACGCCGAGGCGCAGAGCGCUCCACUUUCGGCAGCGGUUGAGGAGGAUAAAACCCAGCCGGAGAGGAAAGUGAUAGCCACCUUGGUCCAAGGCACAGUGAAAUGGUUCAAUGUACGUAAUGGCUAUGGCUUCAUAAACAGGAAUGACACCAAAGAAGAUGUGUUUGUUCAUCAGACUGCCAUCAAGAAGAACAACCCCAGGAAGUUCCUCCGCAGCGUUGGAGAUGGGGAGGUCGUAGAGUUUGAUGUGAUUGAAGCAGCAAAGGGUUCAGAGGCGGCCAAUGUGACGGGCCCAGGUGGUGUUCCGGUCAAAGGGAGCCGCUACGCACCCAACAAACGGCGCUUCCGUCGACGGUUCUUCCCCCGUAGCCCUCGGCCCGAUGACCAGAGUACACCUGCUGAUGGCCAAGCCCCCGCUGUUGAGGGUGAGGGGUCAGGGGAGAGUGACGGAACGAGACCACCACCACAGCAGCAGCGUCGCCGUAGGCCACCGAGGCCACGACAGGAUGUACAAGAUGGGGAGUCUGAAGAGCAAAGGAAUGAUGUAGCAGAGGGCAACCAAAUGCAACGACCAACACGGCGCAGGUUCUGGCGUCCAUAUCGCAGACCAUUUCGGCCUCGGCCAAAAUCCGAUCAGGCUGCGGAUGACCAGCAGGUUGCAGCUGUAGAUCAGGUUGAGGAGCAGGGUGAAGAGAAGCAGUCCGAUCCCACCAAGGAGCCACAGACUAACGGAGAAGCAGAUGAAGGCCCGAAACAACGGCGCCCCUCAAGACGCCGCAGGCAAAGGAAUUCUGAGUCAUCUGCCUCAAAAAAUGAUACAGAGAAGUCCGCGUCAGAGCCUGGUACCCCACCUCAGAAUUCAAAACCAGGCGACCUGAAAUCGGCACAGAAAUCUCCAAAGGUCUCUCCUAAAGCCUCUCCCAAAUCCCCUCCUGAAACGCCCAAAUCACCUGAGGCAGCUGCCACAACAGUCCCAGCACCUACAGAGUGACAUCAAUGAGAGGGACAGUCAUGUGACCCUUGGCAAGAGGUGGGAUCCCACAUUGAUGUGGCAAAGGGUGGAACACAUGAGGGUGUCGGGGUAUUUUUUUACAGAGGGCAGGAUGACCGACAUUAACCAGCAGUUGAGUCACAGGGAUUUAAUGAGGAGUGGUGGCAUUAAAAGGGUUGAGAAGCGUUUUAGGUUGAGUCUGUACAUGUUUGGACCUAGACUUUGUUUAAUACAGGGAACAUUUUUGCUGACAACUUGGAUUUAAAAGUAAUCCUUAGUUCAGGGAUUAGAGGUGUCUUUUUGUUUUUGACUUCAUUCAAACCUGGCAUUACCAUCCGUCCUCAGUGAUCUGAUCACACAUGGACUACACCAAGUGCGACUGUUCACACCUGGAUGCAUCUCCUGUGACGUCAUCACUCUUUGCAACAACGUUCUAAUUUUGACAAGUUUGACUGUAUAGAUGCGUCUGUCAGCAUGUUUGUGUGUGCGUGCAAAUGACAGGAAGAGAAAUGGAGGGAGAAGGCUGAGUUAAUCAAAGCCCUACUAGCAUUGAAAAAGGUUUUAACUAUAUUAUUUUUUUUAAACCAUGUGGCAGUCAGUGUUGUACUGACAGUGGCUGCCUGCAUGAACACUGAAUAGGGGUAAAAAAGGCGUUAGCAGAGGAGGUGGUCUGUAAUGCACCCUGAAGACAAAUUGUAUGGGACAAGUGUUCUGUACUUGGUGUAACCUGGAUGUGAUCAGAUCUCUCAGGAUGGAUAAUUUCAGGUCUGAACGGGGCCGUAAUGUCUUUAUUUCUGUGAUGUCUUUGUGCUUUUAUUUCCUUUUUGUUUGUCUUGUAGGUCCGAGGGUUGGAGGGGCUGUCUGGAACUAUUUCAGAACAUGCGCACUGCUCUCCCCUCCCUGCACUCCUCCAUACUCCAACCCUCCUCAUCCCACUGUCCUCCCCUCAGGCCUUCCCCCCCUCAUCUUGUGUUGUCUCGUCUAGACACUUGACGUUUGGUAGGGAAGAAUUUAGAUCCUGUAGGGUGCACAGAAAUGAUUAGAAUUUAGAAAUGAAAGUACAUCUUUAAAAAGGAAAAUGGACAAUCUGCUUGACAGCCCAGUUGUUUCACCCCCUUUAAAAUACUGUUUUUCUUUGAUUAGAUUGGGCUCAUCAAGUAGUUUAGAGGAACCUACCUUGAUUUUUAUUUAACUUAAUUUGGUUGAAGAGGGGGAAACCAAGCAGGUGUGAGGUUGGUGGUGCAUCAUGGGAGUCAGUUUAGUUCCAUUACCACCUCAGUCGCGUUAAACAUGCAACUCCCUUCAUUUUCCUCAGUUGAGGAUAUGUUGAAAAACUCAUUUUAGUUUUACUUAUUUGUAAUUUUGUAUAUUUGUUUAUUUUUUUUGAAGGGGAUAACGUGCAAUGUUGUUGCUUAAAAAAUGCUAAUUAAUAAAUCAUGUGUGCAAAUCUCAA